AUGAAUAAAAUAGAGUGCAAAAUCAAACAACUUGAUUUGAUAUUUUGGAGUGAUUUUUCGAAAAGAAAAGCGAAUGGAUAUAAAAAGGUUUACUAUGAAGAACUUGACGAAUGGUUGUUUACUCUUGAUAAAUACUUUAAUACAGAGAAUAUCGCUUCAUUGUCAAUUUCACAAUUAAAUGAUCCAGGAUUUGAAUCAAGGAUCAAGUCUGACACUUUUAAAAUUACAUCGUUUAUGAAAAAUGCAAAUUUGGCAAAAUUAAAGAGUCUUUUAAUUUCAUCGAACUUUCUAAAUGUGAAUGGAAUCGAUGUCUCAAAUUUGGAAAAAUUAUAUAUUUGCACUAGUAUAGCUAAUGAUUCAUACGCUUUUGAAUUAGCAAAGUUAUAUUUAACUAAUCCCAAUUUAUAUAUAAGUUGGUGGCCAGUUUUUUAUCAACUUGGUGAUACCUUGUAUGCUGAUAAUAUAAGAUUAUAUUCCCCUAGUCAUUUUCAGGUUAUUUCAUGUCAAUGGCCAUUGUAUUUUUUUACAAGUGGUAAAAUUUUAAUUAAAAAAACUGAAUCAGGAGUAAAACCGAAUAACAUAUCUAACUUAACUAAUACUAAAACACGUUGUAAAAAAUUCUUAAAGAAAUUUGAAAUAUAUUUGAAAAGGGAUUAUACAUUACAGGAUCUCCUAGAUAUGGGGCUUUUUUAUAGUCCAUUAUCAAUUUAUGAGUCGGUUCUCGAAGUCAUGGAUCAGAAUGAAAAUGUGUGGGAUUUGGUUGAAUCAAUUUGGCGCGUCAAUAACAAAUUUCUUUAA